AUGAUGAGGCGUAUACUCGGAAUGCCAAUCCCAACAAAAAAGAGCCAACCUCACUGUUAUACCGAUUCACCCUUUGUAGACGCAAUAGCGCUAGUUGAGAUACCACACAAGUUCACCAUUCCCAUCAUGAAGCCCUAUGAUGGAACAACUGACCUAGACAACCACAUAGCCUUCUACAAGCAGUGGAUGUUUGCUGUGUCGAUACCCCGAACAUUGAGGGAAGCCUACAUGUGUAAAAGCUUCGGUUUAAGCCUUUCCAGCCCAGCUCUUCAGUUGUACACUAACCUCCCAAACUGCUCAAUCAACUCCUUCGCCCAGCUCACCGACACCUUCGUUGAACAAUUCGCCAGUAGCAAGAAACUCGAGAAACUAUCGACUGAUCUGUACAAAGUCUAUCAGAAGAAGGGGGAGCCACUUAGAGAAUACAUCAGUAGGUUCAACAAAGAAAAAAUCUCCAUCCCCUCCUAUAAUCCAGAGACACCAUUAGACACUUUCAGAAAGGGUCUCCUUCCAGAUGGAGCACUAUACAAAGACCUGACGAAACUCGGUUGCACCAUGAUGGAAGACGUCUUAGCCAAAGCUGUAAUUCAAAUAAGGUAUGAGGAAAAUGAAAUGAACCGGAUAAGGCAUGCCAGGUACGAUGACCGUCCCCAAAAGCAAAAUGAUAGAAGGUCAGAGUCCAGAUCGUUUGAGCCCCAUUACCAACCCCCUCCACACAAUCUGAACAAGGUUAAGAGACUAUACGACCGCCCACUAAUUAAAACUGACAAUAGACCAUCCGGGUCGAGCCAAUACAAAGUUCUGGAGUACAACCUCAAUGUCAAACCAGCCCAGGUCGUGGCAAUAAUAAAAGGAAUGGGACCCACCGUUAAGUGGCCAAACAAGCUCAAUCCCAAAGCAAGGAGGGACAUGACAAAGUGGUGCGAAUUCCAUGGCGACCAUGGUCAUAACACCGCAGACUGCAUUGCCCUACGGUUAGAAGUCGCCACACUAUUGAAAAGGGGACCUCUUAGAGAUCUGUUGACGGAUAAAGGGAAAAUGAAGGCCAUGGAACUGGAUGAAACAAACAUUAGCAGACAACCAGCUAUACUGGUAGGGUUCAGUUCCCAGCAGAAGUACACCAUAGGAGAAGUCGCUCUACCUAUCUACACCAGCGGAGUCAAUAAGCAAACCAUCUUUCUAGUUUGA